GACUCGGAGGCCUUUUGAAGAGAGCAGCCGCUUCCACCAACCAGCUUCCACUCACACGACAACUCUUCGACAAUUCCUCGAAGCUUGACAACACAGACCAGUCAACUCGACCGCUAGACACCAUGGGGCUCUCACUCGGACUGACACGACCCUUGUUGCUGCUCACCCGCGUGCUGCAAUGGAGCAGUGCAGUCAUCGUCAUGGGUAUCACCUCGUACUUCAUCAACAUCGGUCCUCGUGGUGAGCACAUCAUCUACCAGGAAGUCAUUUCGACUAUGUCUGUUGCUUUCUUCCUGCCAGCCUUCAUCUCACCGUUUAUGCCCAAUGUCCUGAGCAAGUUCGUCCUGGCCAUUGAUAUCAUCUUCUCUUACUUGUGGUUGACUGCAUUCAUCUUCGCUGCUCAGGAUUAUAACUGGCGCGACUGCAGAACCCACGCUCCUCCUGGCAGGGGUAGCUGCUCCAAGAAGAAGGCUAACGAGUCUUUCAUCUUCCUCGCUUUCUUCUUCACCUUCGUGGGCAUCUUCCUUGAGGUCUCUGCUCUGUGGGCCGCACGCAACUCGACCUCUCCUGUUCACGAGAAGAACAAUGGCGCGGCUGAGACUCGUGCCGCCGAUGCUCCUGCCGCCACGGCUUAAAAAUUUCCACUGGCCAGCCGCUAGACCAAGUGUCUAGCCAUCGCUAGUCCCUUACUUCCCUGGCAUGACAAAAACAAGCACGCAGCGCGUGAGUGAUCGAUCUUUCGAGACCUCUCACCACCCAGGGAAGCCUGACGACGAUCGACUAAACGGUUCAUUCUAUUUUAUGUGGCAUGUUCUUUAAUGUGGCACGUGCGAUAUGAUGAUACGAAAAGAGGAGUGGCUUGAUUUUAAGGCUAGUCCUUUAAAUCUGCUUCGUUGCGAUAUAAGGUCUGUGGAGAGACAUUCCCCAGUUUCCCGCACCUUAUUCCGACUACUUCCUCAACUCUCCCUCUAAUGCUCCCGCUAAUAUACCUUAAUGUCUUAAUCACCGUCACCAUCACACCCAUCCUGUUUUAAUAAUACCUUUUUGAUACCUUGUGAUGUUUCUAU